GGUCGCAGCGAUCAGUUGAGUGUUGACCGCGGAUCCAAGCGGACGACGUCUCUCCCGUUCCGUCUCUCGAUCAGUAACAGACCCAUCAUAAGUUGCAACAACGUGUUGAUCGUGCGCGUGCGAGCUUUAGCUUUUAUUCAUUUCACUCUCGAAAGUUGUGCUGUGCUGGAGAUAGUGUGCUAUUUUCGGCUUUCUGUGUCGUGUAGAAAACUAAAGGGGGAAGCAACGCACACCGCCGACGAAUGAGGUGAGCACCAGAAUAAGUAAUACCGGAGAGUUAGAAAAACCUGAACAAAGCACAACAUCGUCAACGAAGAAAACGAACCGCCGAUCCCCGCCGAACGGAAUGAUUCCAACCAAGGACAGCGAGUAAUAGGAUUUGAAGAGUUCAUACAUUAUCGGCGGUUGGCGGUGGGUGGCUUCUGGAAAUAAUUUAUCAGACUCUAGCUGUGGACGGGGUUGGUGUCGCAGCAGCCGUCGAACGCCCAUCAAUCAAGUACCAGCACACACUCGAGGUCGUCCUGUUUCGCUACACAUGCUUCCAACCGAUUCGGAGACACCAUGAGUCAGUACUACUUCCCGAUCUUUCUGGUGUUUCUGCUGGAACUCUUUCGACUCUCUCAAUCUCAUCCAUUUGUGUUCACUGCAUCCAGUGGUCAACGGAAAGCACAAGUCGAAUGGCACCAGCCGGACGAUGAUUGGAACAUUCAAACCGUACCACGAAGCGUACAUCCACUGCUCGAAAAUCAACACAACACGCAUCGGUUACCUCCCACCAGCUACCACGUGAUAGAUUCUGAAAACCACGAUGAUAAGGUUCUGAAACGACUUAUGGAAAUUAAGGAGAAUGCCACCGCUCGAACGCUGUUCUCCUACAAUAAAGAAGAAUCGCAUCUACCACCACUCCUCACUAAAACGAUCAAGUACUUCAACCUACAACAGGUGGCCUUCGAGCUGGAGACCAGUGUUAUGUCCCAGGUGUCUUGUACAGCUUGCAAAGCUGGCGCUGGACUACUACAGCACUACAUCCGCACUGGCAAGAGCAAAGAAGAGAUCAUCAAAACCAUCUACCAGUACUGCGUGAACCUCAAAAUCCAGUCUCCUCGGGUAUGCGAAGGUGUUAGUCAACUGUUUGGCGUCGAAGUCAUCUACGUUCUGAAGCGUGUCACCAUUGGCCCGGAUGAAAUCUGUAGUUUCAUCAUAGGAGACGCUUGUGAAGAUAUCUACAAUCCAUACCACGAAUGGGAAGUAGACUUUCCACCUGUUCCCAAACCAGAAAUUCGUGAAGUACCACUACCGCAAGAAGGCGCUCCAGUGUUCAAAGUUCUGCACCUCUCGGAUACCCACUUUGAUCCGUACUACGCCGAGGGCUCCAACGCAGACUGCAAUGAACCACUGUGCUGCCGACUGACAAACGGUCGUCCUACCACUCCAAAUGGGGCUGCUGGAAAGUGGGGUGACUACCGGAAGUGCGACACACCUCAACGGACUGUCGAUCACAUGUUGAGUCACAUUGCCGAAACCCAUUCGGAUAUCGAUUUCAUCAUCUGGACCGGUGAUCUACCGCCACAUGACGUCUGGAACCAGACCAAGGAGGAAAACUUGAAGGUGCUCAAAGAAACAGUCAAGCAGAUGUCAGAGAAAUUCCCCGGAAUUCCGAUUUUCCCCGCACUAGGUAACCACGAAAGUGCCCCGGUCAACAGUUUUCCUCCGCCGUACGUUCAACAGGUGGACAGCUCGAUCUCCUGGCUAUACGACGAACUGGAUAUUCAGUGGCGACGGUGGCUACCGGCUAGCGUUUCGCACACGGUUCGUCGGGGUGCCUUCUACUCCGUACUAGUUCGCCCCGGUUAUCGAAUCAUCUCGAUGAACAUGAACUACUGCAACAACAAGAACUGGUGGCUGUUGCUCAACUCGACAGAUCCCGCCACCGAGUUAUCGUGGUUCAUCUACGAACUGCAGAGUGCGGAGUUUGCCAACGAAAAGGUUCACGUGAUUGGACACAUUCCACCGGGUCAUUCGGAUUGUUUGAAAGUUUGGAGUAGGAACUACUACAAGAUAGUGUCCCGAUACGAGAACACGAUCGUGGCGCAAUUCUUCGGUCAUACACACUUCGACGAGUUCGAGGUGUUCUACGAUCCACACGACUUAAGUCGAGCCACAAGCAUAGCGUACAUUGGACCUUCAGUGACCCCCUACUACGAUCUGAACCCUGGCUAUCGAAUCUAUUACAUCGAUGGGGAUCACGAUCAUACCACACGGCUAGUGGUAGACCACGAAUCGUGGAUUAUGAACCUCAAGGAAGCCAACCUGUACGACUAUCCUAUUUGGUACAAACUGUAUUCUACGCGGGCAGCGUACACCAUGCGUAGUCUGCGGCCCGUUGAUUGGGACAUAUUGAUCAACAACAUGACUGAUAACAAAGAACUAUUCGAUCUUUAUUACAAACACUACUGGAAAAACUCGCCCGUUCGGCCGGAGUGUGACUUCGAAUGCCGCAAGCGGAUAUUGUGCGACGCCAAGAGCGGGCGCAGUCACGAUCGCAAGUACUUCUGUGAAGGUGUGGAGGCUAAGAUUGAUGAAAACAACAAAGGCUGGAAAGACUGGCUGCUCAGUUCGAUUUCCUCUUCAUUAUCCUAUGCCCUUUCGGGCUUGACGAGGAUCUUCUGGCGCAAGCGAUGAUCCAAUACUACAUUUCGGAGAAUAGCAGCACACCCACAAACCGAUUAUCGACAACUACUAAACCGAUAGGAAGACGCCAGCAUUACCUCCUUAUUGAUAUUAGACCAAGAAGUGAUUGUGCACCUCUCACAAUAGAAUCUUGACGCAAUCAACAUUCGACCUUGCGAUCGAAAAUCAACGCGACGAGAAAACAAACAGAGAAUCGAUAAUAACAACAAUACAGCAUGCCAUUGAUAGAAAGAAAACAAAAGUGUUCAUCGAGUCUCGAACGUAAACUUCGGAAGGGAGUCAGACUACAUAUAUACAAGGAUUGUGAUAAGCGUAAUGAAAACCGAACGACAGUUACUGUUGAACAAAUCCCUUGGAACCAGUGUUUUAAACGUACGACAAUACAAGUCAACUCAAGCAAUGCAUCUAUCCAGUAUGAUUGUACAUAAAUCAUCUACAUUUUACCAAAAUAAAUUAUUUAUAUUAUAAAUGUGA